ACUGCCCACACUGGAAGACUCGUCCACCAGGAAAACCAGGUCAAGCAGCGCACAGGACGUCCUGCAGCCUGCGGCUCGAACCUCUGGCCCGAGACCACCAUGAAGCCCAGCAUCUGCCACGUCGCUCUCGUCACCUGCCUCUUUGCCCUGAUGGUCAGCGGAGUCUACUGCAGACCUCCCAGCAUGCGGUGCCGCUGCAUCUCCGCCGUGUCCGCCUGCCGCAGAGACGACAUCGAGAAGCUGGAGACGCUUUCCGCCGGACCGCACUGCCCCAGGGACCAGGUCAUAGUCACUCUAAAGCAUGGCAGGAAGAGGUGCCUGGAGCCCAAGAGCCCCGAGGUGAAGCUCUGCAUCCAGCGGUUUAUGGCACGAAAUAAAGUGAUGUCGUUUGCAUGAGAACAGAAGCAGAAGCAGAAGCUUCAGCGGCGCUUUUCUCCACACAUUUUCUACAACUUGUCCUGCAUUUGUAACUGACAGUCAAAAUAGCACAAAUAGCCACAGUGCGUAGUUUUGCGACACGCUGUAAAUAUGCUGCACUGUGUCACACGGAGUCCCCUCCAUCAUAUUUAUUGCCAAGAGUUAAGGAAACUGUGAACGUGAAGCUGUACAAUAAAGCUCUGGUGCAACAAAUAAAGGGAGUAAUAUU